AUGGAUAAGAAACAGAAUCAAGGCUCUAGCUCUAAGUCACAAUCAGGCGGUGGUGGCAGCGAUUCGACUUCUCAGAAACAGUCUCAACCUCAGUCGCAAUCUCAAGCACAGUCUCCGCCUAAAGGUGGUUCACGUGGAGGUUCCUCUGGUGCUUCUGAAGGUAGCUCGAGUGAUCAGCAAGGUGACGGCUUACAGCCUGCUGGCAGUGGAGGUGGUGGUGGCGGCGACGGGGGUGAUUAUAUGGGCAUUGUUGGCAAAUGGCGCUCAGCCAUGGGUCUGUCAAGCCUCUCGCGAGACAGCAAGCUGCAGUCUAACGCCCAGGAUACGUCCAGCUCCUCUGGUGGCGCACUCAAGCACAAGCUCAACUCCGGCUCCAUGGCGCAAGUCAUGGCUCCUGGCAAUUCGGGCAACUUCGAGUCUGUCUUUGUGGGAGGCUGGCUCUGCGAGAUGCCCAACCUCCCAGGACUUGGCAGCAGCGUCUGCAGCUCCAUGACCAAAGGAUGGAAUCACGCUGGCCAGACGGGACAUGCAGAGAUUCUUAGCAGCACAAAGUACAAGAAGAUCGGUUGUGCACUGGCUGGUGGGAUAUGGACUUGCGACCUGGCUUAA